AUGAGAGAUCGAGAAGCCUGGGACCUCAAGAGGAGUUUGGCUUUCUGGAACCUCUUCCUUGCCGUUUUCUCCUUCGCCGGAGCAGUUCGCACGGUGCCGCAGCUUGUAGGUGCUCUGAUGGAGUAUGGUUUCGCAUAUACCGUGUGCCGGCGGGCGGUCUUCUACUACGGUAAUGGCCCGGCUGGCUUUUGGGUUUGCCUCUUCAUUUUCUCCAAAUAUCUCGAGCUCAUCGACACGGUUUUCCUGGUGAUGCGAAAGAGAAAGGUUCGCUUCCUUCACUGGUAUCACCACUUUUCGGUGCUGCUCUAUUGCUGGCAUGCCUACACUUGGGAGAUGCCAACGGGACUUUACUUCGCGGCCAUGAAUUAUACCGUCCAUGCAGUGAUGUACUUCUACUAUUUCCUGAGCGGCCGCCCGGCACAUGGGUCCACCAGCUGGGAUGGUGGGGCUUACGACUUCCAAUAG